AUGAGGUACGGAGUGGUGGUUCUUUCUGCUGGGUUUACAGGUUUGCUCAGUUUUUGCCUCCUCGCUGUGGCAAUUGGGACUGAUUACUGGUACAUCAUCGACGUGAAUAAGCCCAACUACACAGGUUCAGACGAUCUGAGUUCACAUUCUGGACUGUGGAGAAUUAAUGAAGGAGCAAACAGGAGUUCUGUCAUCCCCUCUUUCACAGCAAAUAUAUCCUGCCUGUCAGAGGCAGAAAGGCACCUUCUUGGCUUACACAGGGUGGUGGUCAUCGUGCUGCCCCUUAGCCUGGUCCUGCUGGUGUUUGGCUGGAUCUUUGGACUUGUCAGUUCGUUGGCCUACAGCCCCAACUUGCUGGCUGGAUCAGCAACGUACUUUCUCUUCUGCAGUCUUUUCACGCUUUCCGGGGUCAGCAUUUACAUCAAAUACUCCAACCAGGCCAUGGAGGAGUUCCAGCAGACCGUGUCCCCGGAGAACCUCGCCUAUGUGGACGUGUCCUUCGGCUGGUCCUUAGCCACAGCCUGGCUCUCCUACAGCCUGGAAGUGGCCACGGGACUCCUGCUCAUGCUCGCUGCCAGGAUAACUCAAAUGAAGGGACAUUAUGACUCUGGUGUAGCCAUCGCCAUGUUAUAG